AUUCCCCGCUCUUGCUGAUUCAGACCAUUAACUAUUCAUUUCAGAACUCAUAAUUCUCUUUGCUUUCCUUUGUUUCUGUCUCCUUCUUGCUUUUGCUUUUCUCUUUACUUGCUUUCACCAUCCACCUUGUCUCUUUAUCCUGACAAUUAGUCUCUUUCUCCACUCUCAUAUCUUAAACAAAUUACUAAAAUUCAUCCUGCGUAGCGUGCUUGUUUGUUUGUUUGUUCACUUCACCACUUGCCUCCACAUCCAAACCAACGCUUUUGCACGCACCCCACACAGACAUAUAAUAUUUUUAUACCCGCCCUCACGCAAAACGGACACAGACUUCUAACGCUCACAUUACAUUCUACCCCAACAUUGCACGUUAAAAUCUCCUUUACCCCAUUAAACCAUUCGACCAUUAAGGCAUCGACAUCAUUAUUCUCUUUCGAAGUCACGCUCGCUGCGUCCCUUUGCUGCAUCCAUUCCUUUCAUAAUGCCUCGAACAGUCUCGACAUCCUCAUCCACCACAGCUGCACCUAAACCAACCACACCAGGCACAACAACAAUAAAAUGGCUACAUGAUGAGGAUGAGCAGCCUACUGUGGCUAAAAUGCGAAUUCUUAUUUCUCGAGCAAAGAAUCUUGUUGGCAGAGACAGGAACGGCUUCUCAGAUCCUUACGUCAAAUUAUCCGUUGGUGGUCAUAAAUUCACUACCAAUGUCAUCCGGAAAACAUUAAACCCCGUUUGGAAUGAAGCAUAUGAAUUCGAAGUCGAAGCUCAGUCGCUCCCAGACCAGGCAAGUCUCAUGUUCUGGGACAAAGAUCGCUGGGGUCGAGAUGAUUACCUCGGUACGGUUUAUAUUCCCUUUGAGUCUGCGUCAUUGUGGUCUGAUGCGGUUCCAAAGCACUUUGAUGACCCCGAAAACAAGGCAAGUCCUUUAUUAAAUUUCUUCACCACCCCUUUUCAUACAAUAAGCCAUUUCGCCAUGCGCUUUGAACCUUUCAAUUGCUCAUUUGUCUUCGGCUCUCUGUAAGCCUAUCAUUAUCCUUUCCUCUAUUGCUCUAUUUGCCUCUCUCUCGCCAUUUGCUGCUAAUAAUUAACUAUGGAUACCGUAAGAGAGAGAGAAAGUAAAAUAAGGUAGUAACAUGAAGAGAGCAUGAACCAUUUUUUCCCGAUCGAGAACGCUGAGCAAACUAUAUCGCUAGAUGGUUUCCAUUGA